AUGCUGGAAGAAAUGCUUUGGAUCGUUUUGCAAUGUGCCCUGAGCGGCAUUCUUUUCGGCACUGCUAAAGGUUGCAGCAGCCCCCUGGGCCUCAUGACUGGAACCGUGCAAGACUGGCAAAUCAGCGUCAGUUCUUCGGAGCACAGGGAUCCAGGCUGUCACAUGCGCUAUGCCCGCAUCUACCAACCACCGGGCCGCGCGUGGUGCGCGGGCCGCAGGGCAGCCAUGGAAUGGAUACAGGUCGACCUGGGAGUCGCCGCCACGGUGACAGGCAUGAUGAGUCAGGGACGCGGAGACGGACACCAAUGGGUGACCGCGUACUUGUUGUCCUACAGCCUUGACGCCUACCACUGGAAGUACUGUACAGACGUCUACAACAAUAGAAAGACUUUCAAAGGGAACAGCGACUCCCACUCCACGCAGACGACUUAUUUAGAUCACAACGUGACCGCGAGGUUCCUUCGCAUUCAUGUUCUUCAGUGGCACCAGCAUCCGAGCAUGCGCAUUGAAGUGCUCGGCUGCCAAGAGUGCAAUUCCGUCAUCAGCAUCCCCCCGCAAGCCCAACUGUCCGCCUCCUCGUCCAGGCCUUGGAGUAAACAGGGCACCUGCACCCCGGAAGACGCCCACAUCUACAGCCACGGGGGGUGGUGUGCAAAACACAGCGACGUCCACCAGUGGUUGCAGAUCGACCUGGGGCCCCCGACCAUCGUGACCGGAAUCGUGACCAAGGGGCGGGGCGACAGCCGCCGGAAGCAGUGGGUCACCUCCUUCUCGCUCUCCUACUCGAACACCACCAGCCACUGGCACUACUACAAGGACGACAAUUUGGUCAGCCCCAAGGAAUUUGGUGCCAACAUGGACAAAAACACGGAACGACGUCACUACUUCAACCAACCAUUCACGGCCCGUUACGUCAGAGUGCAUCCGGUGACGUGGAGGGGGCGCGUCAGCAUGCGAUUGGGUCUCAUUGGCUGUCAGCUCAAAGGUAGGCGCGAAUGUGGUCAGGGAUUUUUCCGGGUGCAUACAGAUUCUGAAUGUGUGGAGAACCUGGCCUACAAGCGAGACACGUGGGUGAACGACAAGCGGCACACGUGGACGGGCUGGAAGGACGGGCACUCGUCGUUCGCGGUGGACGGGGACGAGGACACGCACCUGCGCAGAUGCGCCAUCCUCGACAACUACUACGUCGACCACCCCGUCUGGAUGGUCGACCUGGGGGCCAGGAAGAACGUCCGAGGGGUCGUCGUCGUCACCUGGCAGGGGAGAGGUGAGGAUCGGAACAACGUGUACAGGGAGUACCUGUACAACCUGGAGAAGCUGACUGUGUACGUAGAGGACAAGGCGAGGCUGGAGACGAGCAGCAGCGGUUCCAAGUGCGCAUCCGUCUCGAGGCUCAACAACGCCCUCUUCCGGCGACUCCUCCACUUCGAGUGCCCCGCCCACCUCGAAGGGAGAUACGUCUACGUGAAGGCCUACGGCGUCCCCAGGUGGAACAGGUUGUACUCGGCCAUACUCUGCGAAGUCAGAGUGUACUAG